UGCUGACUAGUACACAGUACCCUUGGUUCCAUCGGCUGUUUAAAAUGGCUGCGUUGCGCCUCGUGAUCCCACGCUAAGACCGCCGCUCUUAAGUACCAUACGUAGUCGGGAGCGCGACAUUCACGACGGUUUGACAGAGCUCCUGCGCAGUCGCGAUAACAGUCACACUGAGCUCGGCCACUUACUAUUCUCCGUCUCGGCGAGUUUACGAAACCACCAGCGAGCUCGGUCGUCGUACAGUGUCAGCUGCGGUCGUCAGUCCAGAAGGCCCCAAAUCUCUGUUCCGCCGACCGAGCAUCCCGGCAGCUAUGGCAUCCUUCUUUGAAGGGCUCUGGGAGUCCAUCUUCACACCGGGUCCAACGCCGACACUGCUUGUGGCUACGAAUGCCACGUUUGCCGCCCUACAAGUCAUCCUAGCUGCUCUUGUCUUCGCGACGUACAGCAUACAUUUCGUGGUGCUCUCAGUGCUGAGCGGCAGCCUCUGGGCGGCCAUCAACUGGUUCGCGCGCGAGCUGAAGGAACAUCAACAGCAAGAGGAGGAGAAGGCGCGACGCGCCCUCGCGGCCCGUCCACCGCCAGCGACUUCAGCCGACGAUAGCGAGACCGAGGUAGAAGCGACGAGGUCGACCGCCAGCCUUCGCAAGGGGCCGCCGGGGUUGGCAUCCGUUGCAAGAGAUGUUGCCGCUAGCACUGAGGUCGAACCGGCGGAGGCGCAUGGGGAACUCAAGCUGAGGGUUGUCGAGGAGGUACAGAGUCCUAGCCAGGGUCACAAGAGUGGGGUCAGCACUGAGGAUGAGUGGGAGAGAGUGUCGGAAAAUGAAAACGAGAAGGAUAAAUAGAGCGGUGGCUGUGGAUGGUAGAAAACCGAUUUGAUCGACUCAGAUCCGCGGGAAAUGGGCGGUGCGGAAGUGUAACCUCGCGGUUUGAUGUUUGGAUUGUACAUACCAAGGCCUUGGCCGGCUUGUUCAGCAUAGAUGCGAUCUAACGUUACUCCCUAAUAUGGAACCUGGGAAGUCUAAAUAUCUAACAUAACUACGACGAGGCUACAAGUGGCUCAAACUGCAUUCACAAAACACGCCCUCCCUGGAAGUCGGCCCGUUUGUGAUCAUGGCAGAGAGGCCCGAGGCAAAAUGCACUGUUCAUCAUCCAUCCGUGAUGUUGUCCUUGUCCUGCGCAGCAGGCGCACGCCAAAAUCGGACAUCGAGGGGCUUGGACCCACCUUGAGCUAGGAGAGGAGUGGAGAACCUAU